UUUUAAUUUAAGACGUUUUUGUGCAUGCUAUCUUUUUUUUUUGUUCUACUAUAAUUUUUAGCAAAUCUUAUGAUAUCAUUGAUAUAGCGAAAAUGAAAACUAUACGCAAAGUUUUAAGAGUUUUAUUUUUGUUUCCUCCUUCACCGUUCAUUCACUGAUAUGUGUGAUAUCUCUUUGUCCCCCAUCUAUUAAUCUCCUCCUCCGCAUCGUCGCCGUGCACUUCCCCACCUCUUCCGGCGGAUAUGAUGAGCAUUGUAUCAAGUCAUCAUCACUGUCAACAAUCUGUUAUACACGAACGUAGCGGUAUAGGAACAAUAUCUAAGGUUUCUUGUUCGAGAUAUUGCGGUCCGUGUUUCUCUGGACGACUGGCUUUCUCUCAUAGCCUCUGCUUGAAGACUACUUAUGGGAAAACUGAUAGGAGAAAGUUUUCAAGAAUUUGCAGUAUUGUGGAUGAUGAGGGGAAUCUAGAUAAUUCGGAUGACGAGGAAAAGGAAUCACUCGAUGAUAAAACUAAAAGGCAAGCGAAUGAUAUGAAUCGGGCUAAUCUUGAAAGAAUGGUUGGGUCAGAUGAUUCUGCAUUUAACGGCUUAGAUCUUGCAACCCUCAUCAGACAGAAGUAUGGAAAAUCUUAUGAUGUUCAACUCAUCAAGAAGGAGUUCAUGGGGAAGAAUCUUCUUGCAAUGAAUGUCAUGUGGAAGUACAGAGAACAGGUAAGAGAAUCCUUUGCUGUAUACUUGAUCACAGAAGCCUAAUGAUAUGAUAGUUCAAUUGAUUUUAGUGUACUUGUUUGGACUUUAGAUAAUUAUGAUCUUCGUUUUCCAUAUCAUUCAGAUUUGGUAUGAGAAUCUUUGCCACAUAGAAAGAUGAAGUGUAUAUCCAUAUUUUGUUGGUAUAGUUCUUGCUUUUGCAAGUCAAUCCUUGUAAGCUAAUUCACCUUUAUAUAUUUCUUGCUUCUUCUUCAACGCCUAGAGGUCUUUUCCUCUAACCGAAGAAGAAUAUAUACUUAGACUUGACGAUGUAGCCAACAUGUUGAAAUGCUGGGGAGCAGUCUCACAUAUCCGUAGCAGCCUAGCAAAGUCGAAGGAGCGACCUCGGAUAGGGAAGGCUGUCAGCAUUUUCAUAGACAUGGAUUCGACAGGGGGAAGAGCAAAUGAAUGGAUUUACAAGUAAAAAUCGACCGGUUUGCAGCUGCUAAACCAAGAAAUCAAAAGGUUUUGUCUCUACGUUUAUCGUCAUCAAUUCAUUUUGAAGGCUCUUCAGUGAUGGUUGCCUGCAGAAACCGAGGUUUUUGCUAUAUUUGAUGUCCAAAUCAGGUAGUAUAUAUGUACAUGUGUGUAUUAAGUAGACACAAAUCUUUACUUGAACUCUCUGUGUAAAAUAUCUCCAUGUGUUGAAAUUCAAUCAUCUUUGUGAAUCUUCCUCUCUUUGUGAUCUGUAAAAGUAUUAGUUUUGGCAUUCAUGUCAGUUUGGGGACCUUUGAGUUGGCUUUGCCCCCAAAACAAAAGUAGCUUUGGGACCAUUCCUUGAUUAAUUUCAUGGGUUUGUUUACUUA